AUGAAUUUCACUGAAAGAGCAUCUAAAGAAAGGGACAGCAGUCAUCCAAUCUACUUUAUGCCUCACCACGCUGUGCUGCGCGGUGACUCAAUGACAACAAAGCUGCGGGUUGUGUUUGACGCUUCCUCUCAUGAACAGGCUGCUACGCCACUGAAUGAACACCUUGAAAAAGGACCAUGUCUCUUUUCCGAUCUCGUCAGGUUGCUGAUCAAGUUCCAAGCGUACCGGAUAGCGUCGACAGCGGACAUAGAAAAGGUCUUUUUGCAGAUAAACGUCAAAGAGGUCGACAGGGACGCGUUACGGUUUAUUUGGUUCCGGACAUUGCCUUCGAACGAGGAGCCAGCUCCAGAAAUGGAGGAGUGGAGAAUGAAAAGGGUGCCGUUCGGAACCAGAGAUUCCCUACUGAAUGCUACUCUGCAGCAUCACCUGAACACAAUCAAAGGACCUCAGCUUUGGACAGCGUCCCUUCUCGCCAACUCGUUUUAUGUUGAUGAUCUCCUGGUGGGAGCGGAAACAGAAGAGGAGGCUGGACAAAUAUUUUUUGAGUCUAGUAACAUUCUAGAGGCUUGCGGCAUGAAGCUGCGAAAGUAG